AUGGGCUUUCACAUGAGAACACUGGGAGAAGGGACUUACACAAUGCAGAACCAAUACAAAUUGCAGAAAGUCAACCAAAUCCAUGUAUUGGCACCACCACCAGUAACUGAUCCUGAUGUGUUAGCUUACACAGGUCAAGACGCAGUUGAAGGUCUAUCACAUGCUUUAGGCAUUGACAAUUCUGCAAUGGUCUCAUCUCCACUAUUGCUUGGCAAAAAUGUACCUUUCAUGUCCCUUCUAAAAGCUAACAUUGUCUUGCAAUCCCUUGACAGUGAAACAAAACUUUCACCAUUCAAACUCACUGUUACGAAAACAACAUGGAGUCAGAGAAUCUCAAAUACAGCUGGAGUUGGUGCUGGUGACAGUGCUGCUGGUGAUAGUGCUGCUGGUGAUAGUGCUGCUGACACUGCUGGUGAUAUGUCCCGAUCUAAUUCUUUCCUUACACAACCAUAUCCUGUUGGCGAUACACUACCUGUAUACUUACCCGUCUUCGUUGCAUUCUCAGCUACUCAGCAACAGGCAUAUGGAGGCUUCAUAGGAACACUGGACGCGGGAGGUACAGCUGGAGUUGGUGCUGGUGACAGUGCUGCUGGUGAUAGUGCUGCUGACACUGCUGGUGAUAUGUCCCGAUCUAAUUCUUUCCUUACACAACCAUAUCCUGUUGGCGAUACACUACCUGUAUACUUACCCGUCUUCGUUGCAUUCUCAGCUUCUCAGCAACAGGCAUAUGGAGGCUUCAUAGGAACACUGGAAGCGGGAGGUACAGCUGGAGUUGGUGCUGGUGACAGUGCUGCUGGUGAUAGUGCUGCUGACACUGCUGGUGAUAUUUCCCGAUCUAAUUCAUUCCUUACACAACCAUAUCCUGUUGGCGAUACACUACCUGUAUACUUACCCGUCUUCGUUGCUUUCUCAGCUACUCAGCAACAGGCAUAUGGAGGCUUCAUAGGAACACUGGACGCGGGAGGUACAGCUGGAGUUGGUGCUGGUGACAGUGCUACUGGUGACAGUGCUGCUGGUGAUAGUGCUGCUGACACUGCUGGUGAUAUGUCCCGAUCUAAUUCUUUCCUUACACAACCAUAUCCUGUUGGCGAUACACUACCUGUAUACUUACCCGUCUUCGUUGCAUUCUCAGCUACUCAGCAACAGGCAUAUGGAGGCUUCAUAGGAACACUGGAAGCGGGAGGUACAGCUGGAGUUGGUGCUGGUGACAGUGCUACUGGUGACAGUGCUGCUGGUGAUAGUGCUGCUGACACUGCUGGUGAUAUGUCCCGAUCUAAUUCUUUCCUUACACAACCAUAUCCUGUUGGCGAUACACUACCUGUAUACUUACCCGUCUUCGUUGCAUUCUCAGCUACUCAGCAACAGGCAUAUGGAGGCUUCAUAAGAACACUGGACGCGGGAGGUACAGCUGGAGUUGGUGCUGGUGACAGUGCUACUGGUGACAGUGCUGCUGGUGAUAGUGCUGCUGACACUGCUGGUGAUAUGUCCCGAUCUAAUUCUUUCCUUACACAACCAUAUCCUGUUGGCGAUACACUACCUGUAUACUUACCCGUCUUCGUUGCAUUCUCAGCUACUCAGCAACAGGCAUAUGGAGGCUUCAUAGGAACACUGGAAGCGGGAGGUACAGCUGGAGUUGGUGCUGGUGACAGUGCUACUGGUGACAGUGCUGCUGGUGAUAGUGCUGCUGACACUGCUGGUGAUAUGUCCCGAUCUAAUUCUUUCCUUACACAACCAUAUCCUGUUGGCGAUACACUACCUGUAUACUUACCCGUCUUCGUUGCAUUCUCAGCUACUCAGCAACAGGCAUAUGGAGGCUUCAUAAGAACACUGGACGCGGGAGGUACAGCUGGAGUUGGUGCUGGUGACAGUGCUACUGGUGACAGUGCUGCUGGUGAUAGUGCUGCUGACACUGCUGGUGAUAUGUCCCGAUCUAAUUCUUUCCUUACACAACCAUAUCCUGUUGGCGAUACACUACCUGUAUACUUACCCGUCUUCGUUGCAUUCUCAGCUACUCAGCAACAGGCAUAUGGAGGCUUCAUAGGAACACUGGAAGCGGGAGGUACAGCUGGAGUUGGUGCUGGUGACAGUGCUACUGGUGACAGUGCUGCUGGUGAUAGUGCUGCUGACACUGCUGGUGAUAUGUCCCGAUCUAAUUCUUUCCUUACACAACCAUAUCCUGUUGGCGAUACACUACCUGUAUACUUACCCGUCUUCGUUGCAUUCUCAGCUACUCAGCAACAGGCAUAUGGAGGCUUCAUAAGAACACUGGACGCGGGAGGUACAGCUGGAGUUGGUGCUGGUGACAGUGCUACUGGUGACAGUGCUGCUGGUGAUAGUGCUGCUGACACUGCUGGUGAUAUGUCCCGAUCUAAUUCUUUCCUUACACAACCAUAUCCUGUUGGCGAUACACUACCUGUAUACCUACCCGUCUUCGUUGCAUUCUCAGCUACUCAGCAACAGGCAUAUGGAGGCUUCAUAGGAACACUGGAAGCGGGAGGUACAGCUGGAGUUGGUGCUGGUGACAGUGCUACUGGUGACAGUGCUGCUGGUGAUAGUGCUGCUGACACUGCUGGUGAUAUGUCCCGAUCUAAUUCUUUCCUUACACAACCAUAUCCUGUUGGCGAUACACUACCUGUAUACUUACCCGUCUUCGUUGCAUUCUCAGCUACUCAGCAACAGGCAUAUGGAGGCUUCAUAAGAACACUGGACGCGGGAGGUACAGCUGGAGUUGGUGCUGGUGACAGUGCUACUGGUGACAGUGCUGCUGGUGAUAGUGCUGCUGACACUGCUGGUGAUAUGUCCCGAUCUAAUUCUUUCCUUACACAACCAUAUCCUGUUGGCGAUACACUACCUGUAUACUUACCCGUCUUCGUUGCAUUCUCAGCUACUCAGCAACAGGCAUAUGGAGGCGUCAUAAGAACACUGGACGCGGGAGGUACAGCUGGAGUUGGUGCUGGUGACAGUGCUGCUGGUGACAGUGCUGCUGGUGAUAGUGCUGCUGGUGAUAGUGCUGCUGACACUGCUGGUGAUCUGUCCCGAUCUAAUUCUUUCCUUACACAACCAUAUCCUGUUGGCGAUACACUACCUGUAUACUUACCCGUCUUCGUUGCAUUCUCAGCUACUCAGCAACAGGCAUAUGGAGGCUUCAUAGGAACACUGGAAGCGGGAGGUACAGCUGCAGUUGGUGCUGGUGACAGUGCUACUGGUGACAGUGCUGCUGGUGAUAGUGCUGCUGACACUGCUGGUGAUAUGUCCCGAUCUAAUUCUUUCCUUACACAACCAUAUCCUGUUGGCGAUACACUACCUGUAUACUUACCCGUCUUCGUUGCAUUCUCAGCUACUCAGCAACAGGCAUAUGGAGGCUUCAUAGGAACACUGGAAGCGGGAGGUACAGCUGGAGUUGGUGCUGGUGACAGUGCUACUGGUGACAGUGCUGCUGGUGAUAGUGCUGCUGACACUGCUGGUGAUAUGUCCCGAUCUAAUUCUUUCCUUACACAACCAUAUCCUGUUGGCGAUACACUACCUGUAUACUUACCCGUCUUCGUUGCAUUCUCAGCUACUCAGCAACAGGCAUAUGGAGGCUUCAUAGGAACACUGGAAGCGGGAGGGUGGGGCCAUAAAUCCCUCUGCAGGACAUACUUCAUCCCCAAUAGCAGGCAAUUCCAAAUGUCUACUAUCUCCCAUAAUACAAGUAGCUGUGCUGGAGUUGGUGCUGGUGACAGUGCUGCUGACACUGCUGGUGAUAUGUCCCGAUCUAAUUCUUUCCUUACACAACCAUAUCCUGUUGGCGAUACACUACCUGUAUACUUACCCGUCUUCGUUGCAUUCUCAGCUACUCAGCAACAGGCAUAUGGAGGCUUCAUAGGAACACUGGAAGCGGGAGGUACAGCUGCAGUUGGUGCUGGUGACAGUGCUACUGGUGACAGUGCUGCUGGUGAUAGUGCUGCUGACACUGCUGGUGAUAUGUCCCGAUCUAAUUCUUUCCUUACACAACCAUAUCCUGUUGGCGAUACACUACCUGUAUACUUACCCGUCUUCGUUGCAUUCUCAGCUACUCAGCAACAGGCAUAUGGAGGCUUCAUAGGAACACUGGAAGCGGGAGGUACAGCUGCAGUUGGUGCUGGUGACAGUGCUACUGGUGACAGUGCUGCUGGUGAUAGUGCUGCUGACACUGCUGGUGAUAUGUCCCGAUCUUAUUCUUUCCUUACACAACCAUAUCCUGUUGGCGAUACACUACCUGUAUACUUACCCGUCUUCGUUGCAUUCUCAGCUACUCAGCAACAGGCAUAUGGAGGCUUCAUAGGAACACUGGAAGCGGGAGGUACAGCUGCAGUUGGUGCUGGUGACAGUGCUACUGGUGACAGUGCUGCUGGUGAUAGUGCUGCUGACACUGCUGGUGAUAUGUCCCGAUCUAAUUCUUUCCUUACACAACCAUAUCCUGUUGGCGAUACACUACCUGUAUACUUACCCGUCUUCGUUGCAUUCUCAGCUACUCAGCAACAGGCAUAUGGAGGCUUCAUAGGAACACUGGAAGCGGGAGGUACAGCUGCAGUUGGUGCUGGUGACAGUGCUACUGGUGACAGUGCUGCUGGUGAUAGUGCUGCUGACACUGCUGGUGAUAUGUCCCGAUCUAAUUCUUUCCUUACACAACCAUAUCCUGUUGGCGAUACACUACCUGUAUACUUACCCGUCUUCGUUGCAUUCUCAGCUACUCAGCAACAGGCAUAUGGAGGCUUCAUAGGAACACUGGAAGCGGGAGGUACAGCUGGAGUUGGUGCUGGUGACAGUGCUGCUGGUGAUAGUGCUGCUGACACUGCUGGUGAUAGUGCUGCUGACACUGCUGGUGAUCUGUCCCGAUCUAAUUCUUUCCUUACACAACCAUAUCUGUUGGCGAUACACUCCCUUACAGCUGGAGUUGGUGCUGGUGACAGUGCUACUGGUGACAGUGCUGCUGGUGAUAGUGCUGCUGACACUGCUGGUGAUAUGUCCCGAUCUAAUUCUUUCCUUGCACAACCAUAUCCUGUUGGCGAUACACUACCUGUAUACUUACCCGUCUUCGUUGCAUUCUCAGCUACUCAGCAACAGGCAUAUGGAGGCUUCAUAGGAACACUGGAAGCGGGAGGGUGGGGCCAAAAUUUACCAUAUGGAUUGUUUCAUGAUCCCUUCAGCAGUGUCAUUAGUGACAGUAUUUAG